GACCUGGUGAGACACACGCAGACUCGCAGUAACAAGAGCCUGUACGUCUGCAGUGACUGUGGCAAGAGCUUCACCAAGAAGUCUUACCUCAACAGGCACCGCCACACCCACAUCAUCAAGGAGAACUUUGCCUGCAAGGUCUGCUGCAAGGGCUUCACUGACAGCUCCACACUCAACCGUCACAUACGGACCCACACCGGGGAGAAGCCCUUUGCCUGUGACAGCUGCAGCAAGAGGUUUGCCUGUGACAAGUGCAGCAAGAGAUUCAAUCGCAGCUACCACCUCAUUGUGCACCGUCGCACCCACACUGGUGAGAAGCCAUACGUCUGUGGUGACUGCAGCAAGAGCUUCACCGUGAAGUGGAGCCUCACCCAGCACAUGCAGACCCACAUCGGUGGGAAGCCCUUUGCCUGUGACACCUGCAGCAAGAGCUUCAGUCAGAGAUCCCACCUCACCCAGCACCGCCGCACCCACACUGGUGAGAAGCCCUUUGCCUGUGACACCUGCAGCAAGAGCUUGAGAAAGCCGUUUGCCUGUGACAAGUGCAGCAAGAGAUUCAGGCACAGCUCCCACCUCAUCGAGCACCGCCGGACCCACACUGGUGAAAGGCCCUUUGCUUGUGACAAGUGUGGCAAGAGCUUCAGGCAGAGCUCCCACCUCACCCCGCACCGCCGCUCCCACACUGGUGAGAAGCCCUUUGCCUGUGACAACUAGCGAUCCCACCUCACCCAGCACCGCCGCACCCACACUGGUGAUAAGCCCUUUGCCUGUGACACCUGCAGCAAGAGCUUCAGGCAGAGCUCCCACCUCACCAAGCAUCGCCACACCCACACUGGUGAGAAGCCCUUUGCCUGUGACAAGUGCAGCAAGAGCUUUACCACCAAGACCAAACUCAACAAGCAUCUCCACACCCACACUGGGGGGAGACCCUAUGUCUGUGACAAGUGCAACAAGAGCUUCAGGCAUAGCUCCAAACUCACCCAGCACUGCCGCACCCACACUGGGGAUAAGCCGUUUGUCUCUGGUGACUGCGAUGAGAGCUUCGCUGACAAGCCCAGUGUCACCCAUCACAUACAGACCCACACCAGUAAGAAGCCCUUUGACUGA